AUGUAUUAACCAAUAUAACUAAAUUGUCAAAAUCCCAAAAAAGGAUACUUGAUAUAAAGAGGAAUAAGCAAAGCUAAUGAGAAUCCAAAGGAGAGAUAAUCAUUUGCUGAUUAUGUGAACUCUUUGUCAGAAUCAUAGCAACAAUUACUCACUCAUAAUAAGUCUCCUAGAAAAGAAUCAGUUCCUAAACGAAAUCCAACUCUUCCUAAAUUAGAAUUGCCUUCCCCAGAUAUAAUGAAUAAAAGAUUUGUUGUCAAUAUUGGUAAAUGCCCUAUCAAUAAUUUCCAAUCCCCUAUUUACAAAUCUAAUUUGGUACAAUCGAAUUAAAAUUAAUUCCACAACAUUUAAUCUCCUAGACACCAUUCUUUUGAGACUAGAAAGUCACUAAUUCCUUAAUAAAGAUUAUUGCCUAUACAUCGAACUUCAGUUAACAAUAUAAGUGGAAGAAGUGUAAGGGAUGAUGAUAUGAGUUUGUUCUAUUAUAAAAUGGGAGGAGCUGAAAUUGUAGAUUAACUUAAUGAGGAAUUUCAUAGUUAUUCAACUUAACAUUAGAUGAUAUAAAGUAUUUACUCAAAAUAUAAAUAGAGAUUGAUGAUUUAGAAAGAUAUAAAUAAAGAUUUAAGACCUUUUUAGAAUACAUAAUGGGAAAACCUAUAUUUUAUAAUCUAGAAUAAUUGAAAGAAAAACAUAAAGAUUUAGGACUUAAAAAUAAAGAUUUCAAUUAAUUUAAAAACUAUUUGAUUGUAAUAUUAAAUAUCAUAUUAUUUAGACAUGUUUCUUAAAAGUUAAUAAAGGACAAUUAGAUUUUGUAUUUGAAUUUAGUUCAAUGAUAGAACAAUAUCGUUAUUGUAUUAUUAAUAGUGAUACUCCAUUUGCUAUAAUUUACAAUCAGAGAACUGAAAAAUUAAAUACAAAAGAUGUUCCUGAUGCCAUAUUAUCAUUAGCAUAGAGUAGUUACCAAAAGAUUUUUCAAGAUAAUUCACUAGCACCAUAUUUUAUAGGAAUAGAAAUCAAAUAAUAAGCAAGGAAAUUAGGUAAAAUCUUAUCUCAAUUAAUGGCUUGGGAACAAACCAAUGAUUAGGUCUUAAUUGAAAUGAGACAAUCCCAUAAAGGUAUGCAUUUAACAAAUGUUCAUUUUACUCUAUUUAAAUAACAUUUGAUUGAAUCUAUGCGUUAAUUAAAUAUACAAGAAAAAUAAAUAGAAUUAGUAACAUCUAGGAUGGAUGGUUAUCGAAGCUAUAUCAUUAAUUAAGAUUCUUUGCUUGAUUAUUAUGGGGAAUAAUCUUCAUUUUUGUAAGUAUAAUAGAAGAAAUAUGUUUAAUUAUUAAAAAGAGAUGUUCGAAUGUAAAAUUAUCCAAUAUAUGCAAUUGAAAGACAUUCUUAAUUUAUUUUGAAAUAUCUUACUCAUUAACAUUUACCAACUCUAACAAAAAAUGAUUUAUGGACUAUUCAUUCCAAAUAUAAUAUUUCUAUUGAAUGGAUGGAUUCUUUUCGUGAUAACUUUUUUCAUCUAAUUAAAAGUCUAAAUUUAAAUGAUUUGAUUAUAUAAGAUUAUGAAGAUAUAUGGUAUAAACUAAGAAAAAAUCUAACUUAAUAUUAUUCUAUUGAAAGUAGGAUUGGUAAAAAGAAAGUUGAUCUUGUAAUUGCUAAAGUUUAAAUAAAAUUAUAAGAUAAUGAAAAUUAUACAGAAUAUUUUAAGAAUGCCAAUUACUAAAUGAAUUUGCAUCUUCAUAGAAUAAUUGCUUUUAUAUUAACAGAUAUACAUAUUUAUAACUCAAAUGAUUUAAAGGUCAUUCAUCAAUCAUUGAAAAUUAGAGAAAGUACAUUUAAUUUAUUUGUUUAAUUCCUUAAAAAUGCUAUGUAAGAAGAAGCCAUAAGUUCUAGUCUAAUUGCUUAGGCAGAAUAAAUAUGUAAUUAUUAUAAAAAGAGUGUAUGUACUUGA